AUGGAUGAAAAAGUGAGUGAUUUAGCCGAUCUGGAAUUGAGAAUUAAUGAGCAAGAAAACUAUGUUAGGCCCGCGCAAAAAAGUGUUUCCGAAAUUGUCGCCAUCGACGCCGAAGAUGAAAGUCUCAAUAGGUACAAAGAGCAAUUAUUAGGUGAUGCUAAGUCAUCUCAAAUUAUUGUCGAUGCAGGUGAUCCUCGUAAUGUUCUUCUACGAUCGAUAAGCCUCGUUAUCGAAGGUCGACCUGAUAUCACUUUGCAACUCGAUAAAGAACAUCUGAACAAUUUGCAAUUCAAAAUUAAAGAAGGCACAUCGUAUAGAAUUCGUUUCGAUUUUCAAGUUCAGCGAGAAAUUUGUACUGGUUUAAAAUAUAUGCAAAAAGUAACUCGUCAUUCUAUUACAGUUGAUAGAGAUGUACUUAUGAUGGGAUCCUAUGCACCGAAACUAGAAUUGCAAUCGUUUACAACGCCUGUCGAUGAGGCUCCUUCAGGAAUGCUUCAUCGUGGCAUUUAUAAAGUAAAAUCUCAAGUAACAGAUGAUGACGAUAAUGAUUGGUUAUCUUGGACUUGGAAUCUUGAAAUAGCCAAAGAUUGGUAA